GGAAGCGGCGGGCUACGUUAACUUGUGGCGGGCCGGGAGAUUCUGGAGGUCGAAGUUUUAGUCGUGGUGGAGGCAGCAGUCGGGAAACGGCAAGAUGUCCUUUGUAAGAGUGAACCGUUACAGUCCCCGGGGAGGAGGAAGGAAAGCACUGAAAGGAAAGAAGAAGAAAACAUCUGUGAAGCAAGAAUGGGAUAACACUGUGACUGAUUUAACAGUUCACCGGGCAACUCCUGAAGAUCUGAUACGUCGUCAUGAAAUACACAAAUCGAAGAACAGAGCAUUAGUACACUGGGAGCUGCAAGAAAAAGCUUUAAAGAGAAAAUGGAAGAAGCAGAAACCAGAAAUUUCUAAUCUUGAGAAAAGGAGAUUGUCUAUCAUGAAGGAGAUUCUUUCUGAUCAAUACCAGAUGCAGGAUGUAUUGGAAAAAUCUGAUCAUUUGAUGGCUACAGCAAAAGAUUUGUUUGUUGAUUUUCCUCGUAGGCGCACAGGGUUUCCGAAUAUAACAAUGGCUCCUGAUUCCUCUCAAGGUCCAAUUGUGGUAAAUCAAGACCCGGUUGCCAAGGCCAUUCUUAGUGAAUCUGUUGUAGAGCCUCAGGCUCUUAAUGAAGUAGAUGAUGAUGAAGAAGGAGCUGUUGACAGCCAGUCAGAAGAAAGUGAGAAUGAGCUGGAGAACUCUCUAAGCAGUCAGUCCAACACAAAUGCAGACAUGUUUCUCCACCAACUAAAGGAAGAUAAUUCUGAGUUAAUUAAUAAACUAUGGACUGAUAUUCAGCAAAAAAUAGCAACACAGUCACGAGUACCAGCCUCUUCAGGAACCCCAUUAUCUGCUUCUCCAUCAGGAGAACAAAAAGCUGCUCUGAAUGCUACCAAUGCUGUUAAGAAAAUCCAUACCAGGCUUCGACCUGAAGACUCUACUGAGACUCUGGACUCAAGUUAUGUUGUGGGACAAGUGCUGAACUCAAGGAAGCAAAAACAGCUGUUAAAUAAAGUGAAAAGAAAACCAGAGUCGUGUGCUCCCUCCAAGCAGAAGAAUAGCACAUUAUCAGCCAGCACAGCCUCUACAGACUUACCGAAUAGCAAUAACCUCAGCCUGGAUGUCCUCAAACACAUGAUACACGAAGUGGAACAUGAAAUGGAAGAAUAUGAGCGAUGGACAGGACGUGAGGUCCAGAAGCUCCAGAACAGUCAGGGUCUCACUGGCUUCACCCUGUCACUCGUGAGCUCCCUCUGUCGCCUGGUUCGGUACCUUAAAGAGAGUGAGCUCCAACUGCGUAAAGAAGUAGAGACAAGGCAGCAACUGGAACAAGUAUUAAGUGAUCACCGAGAGCUCAUUGAUGCUCUGACAGCUGAAAUUCUUCUCCUUAGAGAAGAAAAUACUGCUACCCAGGCGAGACUUCAGCAGUACAUGAUCACAACAGAUGAACAACUUAUAUCACUCACACAUGCCAUUAAGACCUGUCCUGUAAUAAAUAACAAAGAAAGUCAGGCAUUAGAAAGGGUAGUCACAAGUAGAAGAAAUACGGACAAUCCAGAGGGUCCAGUUGUAAAUGCUAAUGUCUCUGUGCCAUUGAUGUUCAGCGGGGAAGAAGUGGUUGAAUUCCCACAGGAAGAUUUGCCUGUUAAACUAUCUCAGGUGCCAAACCCUCCAGAAAGUGGGAAUCUGGCCAACAAUUUUCCGACACAUAUAUUUGAGCCAGCUGUGUUGUUAACACCACCCAGGCAGAAGAGCAACUCAGAAUUUUCUCCUUUGCAGGAUGUAUUGAGGAGGACUGUUCAAACUCGUCCUGCUCCACGAAUUCCUCCAACCGUGGCAAUAAUUGAGAAGGAACAAAAUUGGGAAAACAAGACCUUACCUACUGGCACUGACAUUCAGAAUUCAAGUGAAGAGAGUCAUCUCUUUACUCAGAGGUGGAGGGCCUCUCACAUGGGAGAAGAUUUGGAGAACAAAACCCAAACACUUUUUGUUAACCUCUCACAGCCCGUCUGUGGCUCCCAUUCAGGCACUCAGCAAUUGAGAAACUCUGCCUUCUCAGAAGAACCUCCAGUAUUGGGAGAUGGGCAACAGCUUAGAACAAAUGAAACGUUAAUACAAAGAAAGGACAUCAUGGCACGAAUUGCUGAGUUGACACUGCAGAAUUCAGCUAUCAAGGCACAUCUGAAUAAUAUCAUCAGGCCAGGGGGAGAGCAAGGGGAUGGACUUCGGGAGUUUAACAAACAGGAGACAAGUCAUGCAAGUGACAUGUCUGCUACUUUUCCAGCAUUACAGCCUCUCACACCAAGUAGCAUGGAGGAACGGAUUGCAGAACUGAAUCGACAGAGUAUGGAGGCACGUGGAAAACUCUUGCAGUUAAUAGAGCAGCAGAAACUUAUUGGUUUGAAUCCUCCCUCUCCACCAGUAUCACCUAUUCAGUCACCUCUCAGAGCAUGGACUGAAGGAGGAAAGAGGACAAUUGAGGUAUCUAUUCCAGGAGCAGAAGCCCCAGAAAGCUCAAAAUGCAGUACUAUCUCUCCUAUCAGUGGGCUAAAUACAAGAAGAUCUUCAGGGGCUACUAGUAAUUCUUGUUCUCCAUUAAAUGCCACCUCAGGAAGUGGGCGCUUGACACCUCUUAACCCGAGAGCAAAGAUUGAGAAACAAAAUGAAGAAGGCUGGUUUGCUCUUUCUACUCACGUGUCAUAAGUUAGGUUGAAUUUUAGAGUUUGCAGUAAUAUAUUCUUGAGCUUCAACACUCCUUUUUCUUCUCCUGCUUUCAAGUUUUUAAUGUUCUUUCAGAUAAAUCUUACAAAGAUCUUGUGACUUAGUACUAAUGGAAAAAAUAAAUAAAGCAAUCAUUUUAAUUUUUGACCUUUUCAAAUAGAUUUCUAACAAGCAACCAACCUAUGAAGUCUUGUGAAUAAAAUUUUGACUAGAGAGCAAUUAAA